GUAUGUUUGUUUCAGAGAGAUGUUCUCUUCCUCCACUCUCCUCUAUUCUCUCUCCCUCUUCCUCUCUCUCUCACUCCUCUUCCUCCUCCUCUCAUCCUCCCGCAACAACAACAACCUCCUCUCCCCCGCCGAUGAACUCGACGACCUCUCCCUCUUCCACCGCGCCGCCCUCUCCUCCCCCCGUCGUCUCAUCUCCCUCUCUCCUCCUCCAAAAAUCGCCUUCCUCUUCCUAACAAACUCCGAUCUAACCUUCCUCCCUCUCUGGGAACGCUUCUUCCAAGGACACCAACAUCUCUACAACGCUUACAUCCACUCAGAUCCAUCCUCCACCACAUCUCUCUCCUCCUCAUCAACCAACGCUAAUUUCAAAUUAAUCCCUUCCAAAAAAACCGCACGUGCCUCCCCUUCAUUAAUCUCCGCGGAACGGAGACUAAUCGCACGUGCCAUCCUCGACGAUCCUAACAACCUCUACUUCGCUCUCGUCUCUCAACACUGCAUCCCUCUCCACUCCUUCACUUACAUCCACAACCGCCUCUUCAAAUCUCCUCCUCACCACCACAAAAGAAGCUUCAUCGAGAUCCUCUCCGACGAGCCGUUCCUCGCCAAACGCUACGCCGCGCGUGGAGACGACGCGAUGAUGCCGGAGAUCCCGUUCGAGGACUUCCGCGUGGGGUCUCAGUUCUUCGUUCUGGCGAAACGCCACGCUUUGACGGUGAUCAGGGAGAGGAAGAUGUGGAGGAAGUUCAGGUUGCCUUGCGUUGUUGACGAGGAGUCUUGUUACCCGGAGGAGCAUUAUUUUCCGACGUUGUUGUCUGUUGAGGAUCGUGAGGGGUGUAGCGGGUUUACGCUCACACGUGUUGAUUGGACGGGGAGUGUUGAUGGUCAUCCUCGCACGUACGGGGCGGAAGAGGUUUCGGGGGAGAUGAUUCGGAGGUUGAGGAGGUCGAAUUCGAGUUUGGAUUAUUUCUUUGCGAGGAAGUUUUCGCCGGAGUCGUUGGAGGGGUUGAUGGAGAUAGCAGAUGAUGUGAUCUUCAGGGAUUGAGUCAGUAAAUUAGGUUUUAGGAAGAAGAAGUUUGUAGGCCCUCCUCGAAGAAUGGCAAAUAAAAGGUGAAACUCUUGUUGUGGGUGUAUGUGUGGUGUUUGGGAUCACCCUGUAAAUCAAAAGGGUGUGUGUGUUUUACAAUGUCUUAGGGAAAUUUAGAUGGAAAUUGGGUGUAUAAUGUAAAAUGUAAAUAGCAUCCAAUGGCAAGUUAAGGAGAUUAUCAAGUUUGCUGAAUCUGCUUUCUUUUUAGUUUUCAGCUACUUUCCAUGGGAGAGAGAGAGUGAAUGGCAAAAAGGCCUCCCCUCUCGCCGGCUUUGUAGUUUGGCAUGGUUCAUGGUUGAAUAUAAUCUUUUAGUGAAAAAAAGAAGAAAAAACAAUCGUUUGUUAUAUGAACACGAAGUUGAUGUAUGUAGCCUUCUCUCCCUCCGAAAUUCAUAAACUCGAGCGUAAUUAGUCAUCCGCAAUGAGAGUUUUGAGUCUUUCAACAAAAAUAAUACUAUUUACACAUUAAAAUACAAAGUAAAUCAUUAUCAUAAAUGCAUCAUUAUUUGCA